CCAAGUCUCCGGACCAAGACAUCCAGCUGUAUAUAUAAUGGUCCAACCGAAGAAAGUCGCCAUAAUCGGCGCCGGCCCCUCGGGACUAGUAACAGCCAAAACCCUCCUGCACAGCUUCCCCGAGGGCACCUUCAUUCCCAGUGUAUUCGAGAAAAACAGCCGAAUUGGGGGUCUCUGGCCCACAGCGGUUGACCAUGGUGCCGAGAGACGGCUCAACCCGUGGAUACGGACGAACUUGAGUCGGUUCACGGUGGCUUUCUCGGAUUUAGCGUGGGAGUCUGUGAUUGGGGAGGGGGAGCUGUCCAUGUUCCCGCAGGCGAGACAGGUGGGGCAGUAUUUGGAGAAAUAUACGAAUUUGUAUAUUCCCAAGGGGGUCUUGAGGCUGGGUAAGGAGGUUGUGAGAACGGUUCGUGAGACGGAUGGAUUGAGGGCUAGGUGGACGGUGCAGUGGACUUCGAGAAGCAUAGAUGCAAAUGGCAUUGAGUGCAACGGGCCUGAGAUGGAAUCGGAGGAGUUCGACUAUCUGGUGGUCACGUCUGGAUACUUUGCCAAAGCUCACUUCCCCGAUAUACCUGGUCUGGCUGGGGUCGCUGAUAGGGUUGUCCACAGCUCUGAAGUGCAGACUAUAGACGAUGUGCAGCAGCUGCUGGAGAGGACUGGGUCCUCGGGUGGCAAGCUGGUCGUUAUUGGGGGCAGUAUGUCCGGAGUAGAAGCUGCUUCGACAGUGGCGCUUCAUCUAUCUACGAUGGAUUACAAGCCCCCAGUGAUACAAUCCGGACGUGACUAUGAAGUCCAUCACAUAUCCUCGAGACCCUUCUGGACAAUACCCACCCACCUUCCCCACGAUGGCUUCCAGGAUAAUACCAAGACGCAAAACAUGCAAUUUCUACCCCUUGACCUCGUCUUCUACGAUCUUGCCCGACGCCCUCCCGGCCCAGUCGAAUACGGACUCGGACCGCUCUCCACAGAACGCAUACACAAAACUAAUGAAUACUUCCGCUCCCUCCUCGGCGCCGAGUACGCAAAAAUCGGCAGCUUCGGAAUCGGCAACAGCGAGAGCGAAGAUUCGCAGCCAUCAUGGAUCGGCAUAGGAGACGACUACGCUGAAUACGUCCGCUCCGGCUUCAUCAAGCCCACCAUCGGCCGAGUAUCCAGCAUCAACAGCCCAUCAACACUCACCGUCACUCUACCCAACGGCACCCAAGAUACCAUAUCCGACAUCACCGCCAUAAUAACAGCCACCGGCUACACCCCCUUCUCAUCCCUCAGCUUCCUCCCCUCUCCCAUCCUCUCCACCCUCGAAUACUCCACCAGCGACCCCUUCAUCCCCCUCAUCCUGGACGGCAAAGGCACCUCACACGCCGAAAUCCCCGACCUCGGCUUCGUCGGCUUCUACCGCGGACCCUACUGGGGUGCAAUGGAAAUGCAAGCCCGCAGUCUCGCAAACACAUGGGUCAAAGACCUCUCCUUCACAGGCCCCUACUUCACCAACGAAGAACUCACUCAAAAGACCAACGAACGCGACCUCCUCCGCACUCUCCGCACUACAACCCUCCCCCGCAGCCAAUUCCCCAUGGGCGACUACGUAGGUCUCAUGGAGACCCUAGCCCGAGAGCUCAACAUCCCUCGAGCCCCUAUCCCCACCACUGCUCAACCCCAUACCCAAAACCAUGACAAUACCAACCACGGCCCCGUCCUCCCCUCCCGCUACAUCCCCACCCCAUUCCUCACCCCAACCCCAUCAGACCGCCUCUCCACCCUCAUCGACCGCGAAAGCACCAACACCCUCAAAUCCCUCCAACGAACCAUCACCCCCAGCCCGACAAACUACAACCUAGGCAUGGGAAUGGCCAUCUUCCGCGCCCUUCAUGGACAAUGGACCUACACUCGCACAGUCACUCACAUCUUACCCUCACCGUCACCGUCAACAUCUCUCCCCACACCGACCCGCUCAUCCCAACUCUCGCAAAUCUCAGGAACAGCGACCUUCCAUCCUCGUCGUACAUCUAGUAUCUGGUACGAGAAGGAGUAUGUAUAUGAAGAAGUUCACACCAACAACAAUACCGACUUUGAGAAUAAUCAUAAUACUAUUGUCAAUGAUGGGGAUAAAUCGACCAGAAAACGCUACAUAUACCGCCUCACAGAAGGAACCUGGAGCAAGAAGAACGGCCAAAUCCUCAUUUGGAACGUGGACAUUGAUCCUUUCCACGCGGGGAAGUUCUCGCAUGGAAUGUUUGUGGGGUUGGCAGAGAAAGUAUUGACCCCGGCUGAUGGUGACGAUAAGGGAAUGGAGGAAUCAAGGUAUGUGGUUCGGGCUGCGGCGGGGGCGAUACCGAUGGAUCGGGAGAAAGAGAGGGACCCGAAGUAUGAGUAUGUGUUUCGGAUGGAGGGGGUGUCAGUUUUGAUGUGGGAGUGUGUUAUAAGGGAGAAUGUGGUUGGUGGUGAUGGUGUUGAGGGUGGGGGUUUGAUUACGAGGACUGUGUAUAGGCGGUAAUCUGUUCUUUAUAUUCUUACAUACAUAC